AUGUCGGGCAGCCGCCCGCCGCCGCACCCCGCCGCCGCCGCCGCGCAGCCGCCCGCCGCCUCCCCGGCCUCCUCCUCCUCGGCCAUGGCGCCGGGCUCGUCCUCGGCGGGCGGCGCGGCGGCGCGGCCUGUGCUGGUGGCGGCCGCCGUGUCGGGCUCGGGCGCGGCGGGCGCGGGGCUGGCGCGGCUGGCGGCGGCGGCGCGGCCCGGCGGCGGCGGCGGCGGCGCCUCCUCGGCGGGCGGCGGCGGCGGCGGCUCGGGCGGCGGCAGCAGGAAGAGGCCGCUCCUGGCCCCGCUCUGCAACGGCCUCAUCAACUCCUACGAGGACAAGAGCAACGACUUCGUGUGCCCCAUCUGUUUUGAUAUGAUUGAAGAAGCCUACAUGACGAAAUGUGGACACAGCUUCUGCUAUAAAUGUAUUCAUCAGAGCUUGGAAGAUAAUAACAGAUGUCCAAAAUGUAACUACGUGGUGGACAACAUAGAUCAUCUCUACCCCAACUUCUUAGUCAAUGAACUUAUUCUUAAACAGAAGCAAAGAUCUGAGGAGAAAAGAUUCAAACUGGACCAUUCAGUGAGUAGCACCAAUGGCCAUAGGUGGCAGAUUAUUCAAGACUUGUUGGGAACCGAUCAAGACAAUCUUGACUUGGCCAAUGUCAACCUGAUGCUGGAGCUGCUGGUACAAAAGAAGAAGCAGUUGGAAGCAGAGUCCCAGGCUGCACAGUUGCAGAUCCUUAUGGAAUUUCUCAAAGUUGCCAGGAGAAAUAAACGAGAGCAAUUGGAGCAGAUCCAGAAGGAGCUAAGUGUGCUGGAAGAGGAUAUUAAGCGAGUAGAGGAGAUGAGUGGCUUGUACUCUCCAGUCAGUGAGGAUAGUACGGUGCCCCAGUUUGAAGCUCCCUCACCUUCACACAGUAGUAUUAUUGAUUCCACGGAGUACAGCCAGCCUCCAGGCUUCAGUGGCAGUUCUCAGACCAAAAAACAGCCAUGGUAUAAUAGCACACUAGCCUCAAGACGGAAGAGGCUCACAGCUCAUUUUGAGGACCUAGAGCAGUGCUAUUUCUCCACAAGGAUGACACGUGUCUCAGAUGACAGCAGAACCACAAGCCAACUGGAUGAAUUUCAGGAGUGUCUAUCCAAGUUUACGCGCUACAACUCUGUCCGACCCCUGGCAACACUGUCUUACGCUAGUGACCUCUACAAUGGUUCCAGCAUAGUAUCCAGUAUUGAGUUUGACCGGGACUGUGACUACUUUGCCAUUGCUGGGGUGACAAAGAAGAUUAAAGUCUAUGAGUAUGGUACAGUCAUUCAAGACGCGGUGGAUAUUCACUACCCUGAGAAUGAAAUGACCUGCAAUUCCAAAAUCAGCUGUAUCAGCUGGAGUAGUUACCAUAAGAACCUGUUAGCCAGCAGUGACUAUGAAGGCACCGUCAUCCUGUGGGAUGGGUUCACAGGACAAAGAUCCAAGGUCUACCAGGAGCAUGAGAAAAGGUGCUGGAGUGUUGACUUCAACUUGAUGGACCCUAAGCUAUUGGCUUCAGGCUCUGAUGAUGCAAAAGUGAAGCUGUGGUCUACCAACUUGGACAAUUCAGUAGCCAGCAUCGAGGCCAAGGCUAAUGUGUGUUGUGUCAAAUUCAGCCCUUCUUCUAGGUAUCACCUUGCUUUUGGCUGUGCAGAUCACUGUGUUCACUACUAUGAUCUUCGCAACACUAAGCAGCCAAUCAUGGUGUUCAAAGGGCAUCGCAAGGCAGUCUCCUAUGCAAAAUUUGUGAGUGGGGAAGAAAUUGUCUCUGCGUCAACAGACAGUCAGCUGAAGCUGUGGAACGUAGGGAAGCCUCAUUGCUUGCGCUCCUUCAAGGGUCACAUCAAUGAGAAGAAUUUCGUGGGGCUGGCAUCCAACGGAGACUACAUUGCCUGUGGAAGCGAAAAUAAUUCCCUUUACCUAUACUAUAAGGGCCUCUCAAAGACACUGCUGACAUUCAAGUUUGAUACAGUCAAAAGUGUCCUGGACAAGGACCGGAAAGAAGAUGACACGAAUGAGUUUGUGAGUGCUGUGUGCUGGAGGGCACUACCAGAUGGGGAGUCCAAUGUGCUGAUUGCUGCUAACAGUCAGGGUACAAUUAAGGUACUGGAGCUGGUAUGAAGGGUUUUCUCUCAAGGCAUGAGGUACUUGGUCCUGCUGAUAUGCUACAGUGUUCAUCUGUGAUCCUCAGUGGGACAAGAAACCGAAAUCACCUUGAUGUUCCUCCCCAAAACCAUCAUGUUUGGGUUUUUUUUUCCAUUUAUGGACUACUUAGGACAUUGAGACACUGGGAACACCAGUGAACUGUCUGCCAUCAACAUUAACUCCACAGACUUUGCUGCUGCUGGUGGUGGUAUGGUUGUCUAAUUUUUAUGAUAGGAAAACAAAUUCUUUUAAAUAAAAACAAAAAGGAAUAAUAAAAUUUAUUGAGCCACAAGCUGAAGCUGGAAGAUUCUCUCUUGUUGCAUAUGGGAACAGAUUUACUUGGGAAGGGAGCUUACAGGACCACACAGGGCUGUCCUCAGUUGCGCAUCUCCGGUUACUUUUAUCUGGACUAUUCAAUCAUCCCUGUUGGAAAAAGAAAGUCUCUAAACCUAAUCUGGACAUCUGAGCGAUUUGCUUUGAGAUCACAUAGUGAUAUGGUUUAGUUGUUCCUUUUGAUUUUUAGAUGCAUUAAAUGUGUCAGCCAGGUUGACACCUCUGGAGACUGAAGUCCUCUGGUUAUCAAGAAGAAAAUGGCAGCUUCCCCUUCCUCCUGUCCUUGUGCAUCUGCCUCAACCUGAAGGGGCUGCUCCUAAGGAGAGGAGUAAUCUGUCCCUUUGUCCACAUGAACCUAGGCCUCUGCUGCCCGCCAACAAAAGUGUGUUGAGAUGAUGUGAACUGUGGUUGCCUGGAACCUGGACUGACCUCACCAAAACGUCAUGGGAUAAUGAUCUCAUCGCCACUGAUCUGGCUGCGUUCGACUAUCUCAGCUAGAGGAGAAAGUUUCUAGAUCCACUUACCAAAGCCCUGCACCACUUAACCUCCUACAUGGUCUAAUUACAUUUGCCCCUCUCUGCAAAUCAUCUGUGGAAGCCGAGCAUUUUGAGUGUUGUAAUAAGAGGGGGAAUGGAACUGGUUUGUAAUGUGUUUCAGAGCCAUGAUAUAAGUAGCCUUAUUUUUAAUGGUCAUGCAUACACUUAAUUGUACAUAUGGAGGGGGAAUAAACCAUGAUGCGAA